AUGUCUGCGGUCAACACCAGUGCACAGAACUGCACUUCUUACCAUGAUCUCGCGUUUCCUUUGGUCCCAUACAUGGACUGUCCCUUCAAUCGCAAGUAUGCCAUAAACCUCAUACCAAAUGUCUUUUACAUACUGUCCUCCCUUGGAAUAGUCGGUAAUCUCUGGAGCCUGUGGACUUGCCUGCGACCAUCCCAUCCUUUGAGUAUCGGAUCCAUUGGUGUCCUGAACCUAGCUCUGUGUGACCUGGUCUACCUGGCCUCUAUGGGACCCUGGGCCGUCUACAUCAACUCUGACUACCACUGGAAAAUGGGCCGUUCACUGUGCAUCGCAGUGAAAAUCCUAUACUUCGCCGGUUUGACGUCUAGCACCAUGUUCAUCUGUGCCAUCAGCACUGACCGUUUCCUUGCCAUUGUCUCUCCUCUGAAGUCCAGAAUUAUACGCACGCCGAGGAACAUCAUGCUGGUUUCGCUUCUGCUCUGGGCUAUCGUCGGCCUACUCACCUAUUUCAGAUAUCUCAACAUUUUAUACUUAGUGAGGAACGAUGGCCUUCAUGUGUGCGGAGCUGUGCUGAUUUCUAAGUUCAGAACCACGGAAGCCACCUACGAUCUUCUGUCCUACUACUCCAUUCAGGUUUCUGUCCCUCUGCUUAUCAUCAUUCCAUCCUACGUGAAGAUCAUUGGCCUGAUGAAGCAGUUACGUCAGCAGUGGGGUCUGGGAAACAUGCAAUGCCGGGAUAAGACCAUCUGGCUGAUAGCCUUGUUCAUUGCCAAUUUCUUGGUGUGUUGGGUGCCGGGACAGCUGCUUUACAUCGUCGCCUUUAUCAUUUUCUACAUUUUGGAUAACUGCAACAAUACUUGCUGGGUUGCAUGGGUGGUCAACCUGCUCUCCGAAGUCUCGCAAAUAGUGUUUUCUCUGAAUGCCUGUUUGGAUCCCUUCAUUUUCUACAUGCAGCAGAGACAUGCAGAGCUGCUUCCAAAAGUACUGUUGACAAACUGCUGUAAGUUAUUAAAGCUGGGUGAAAAACAAGAGUCAGUCAAUGUGAUUCAAAAACACAAUGGUAAACAAGCAAAAUAG